GGCAGAGGACAGGAAGGCCUGGAGGAAUGGUGUCCAUGGGAUCGCAACGGAUCGGACACGACUUUGCAACUAACAAGUACUGAUGCACCUGCAAACUUUCUCUGGCUUGAAUUAUCCUAAUGUCUAAUUUGAGGGAAGUUCUUAAAUAUCAUGUUGGGAAAUAAUAUUUUAAUAAGACACAAAUUUACUCUGAAAUCACUGAGCUCAGUGAAACCUAUUCUUUACUAAGCACAUAUACAAUUGCAACCAAACUCUGUUAUUUUUUAAAAGAGGUCAUAACUAAGUUGUUAUUUAACUCCUAUGCUCAGGACAAUCUAUAGACUUUAUUCUGAACAAAAAAAAUUCGGCUCGAUAAUAAUUACUCAGCAUUAAUCCACUGUAACCUUGGAACUGGCUUGGCUUAAAUUUCCCAACUUUUUAUUCUGUUAACACUUAACCAAUACAAAUAAAUGGCUGCUGCAAACAGCCAACCACUUUUAUUGUUUUUAUGAGUCAUCUCUUCAAAAUAAGCAUUGAUAUUUAUUAAGAGUGGCAUGUUUUAUUGGAAGUGAAAGUAAUCUAUGCCCACAGUACUAUUUCCAUUGCUUUAUUAUGAGCUCGCCUUCCCAUGAAUGUUUUUAAUCCAAUAGGCUUGAUAUUUUUUAGCCAUGAAAAGAGACAUCUUCAUAUGUGUUAUCCUUCUGAGCCUUGUAGUUGAAAAAAGUUUUGGAUGUUUCUGUGAUCAUUAUCCAUGGAGUUCUUGGUCCACAUGUUCAAAAACUUGCAAUUUUGGGACACAAAGCCGAACCAGGGCAAUAGUGCGAGAUGAUUAUUAUAAUAAGAAUUUUUGUGACCAACUGUGCCAAUGGGCUGAAUCUCGGGCUUGUAGCCAGCAAGCAUGUCCCAUCAACUGCCAGCUUGGUGACUGGGAAGAGUGGUCAGAGUGUGACCCAUGUGUUAAAAAACAGUUCCGUGUCAAGUCUCUGCUACAACCAUCUCAAUUUGGAGGUCAGGAUUCUUGUGGGCCAAUGGUGGAUGACCGGCCCUGUUUUCCAGAAAAAUUAUGCAACGUAGAGGAAGUGAACUGUGGAAAUAAGUUUCAAUGUGAUAACGGACGCUGUAUUGCCAGGAAGCUAGAAUGUAAUGGAGAAAAUGACUGUGGAGACAAUUCAGAUGAACAAAAUUGUAGGAGAAUAAAGGCUGUCUGCACGUCGCCAUAUCAAAGCAUACCCAGCGUGCACCGCAUGGGCUUCGGGUAUCAUAUCCUGGCUGGAGAAACCCGUGGAGAAGUCCUUGAUUAUUCAUUCAAUAACGGUAGCUGUGUUGUGCUGAAAAGUGAAGACCAAAGAACUAGAUAUCGUCUACCUGCUAACCUCUACAACAUCACUUUUGAGGUGAAAACUCAAGAAGAUGAUGUGAUAACCACGUCCUACACCAGCUUAACACCCUUGGUCCGUUCUUAUGAUAAAGCCUCCUCUUCUAGACAUGUUCAUUGGGAUACUAGUGGGAUCCCCUAUUUUUGGGGCUCAAUAUCAACCACAACAUCAACCUCAUCUUAUGCGUUCAAGCAAGCUAUGAAAGCAUCCCAAAAAAUGUCUUCCAAAUAUAUUAGGAUCCAUAAAGUGUUCGCAGUUUCAAAUUUCAUGGCGAAGAAGCAAGAUCUGCAACUCUCUAACGUGUUCUUAAACUCUCUGAAAAAAUUGCCUCUGGAGUACAACUAUGCUCUAUACAGCCAGAUUUUUGAUAACUUUGGGACACAUUAUUACACAUCUGGUAUAUUGGGAGCCAAAUAUGACCUUCUGUACCAGUUUAGUGAGGAAGAAAUAAAAAAUUCAGGUUUAACCACAGAACAAAUGGAAAACUGUGUACUAACAGAGACACAGAAAUAUGUUUUCUUCUUUAAGUCAACUGAACAUAGCGGGUAUUGCAGCGGAAAUAAACUUACAGAACGCCAUGAAGGUUCCAUGUUGAAAUCAUCUGAACGGUCCAUUUCCCUGGUUCAGGGUGGGCAGGCACGGUAUGCUGCAGCUCUAGCCUGGGAACGAAAAGGCUCUUUGCCAGGACACGAGAUAUUUAAUGAGUGGCUGGAAUCAGCCAAGAACAAUCCAAUUGUGAUUGAUUUUGAGGUUUCCCCCAUUGUGGAUUUGGUGAAGAAUUUCCCAUGCUCCGCAACAAAACGUUUUAAUCUCAGGGAGGCCUUUUCUGAAUAUAUGAGGAAAUAUGACCCCUGUCUCUGUGCCCCGUGCCCCAAUAAUGCUCAACCAGUUUUAUCAGAAACUGGAUGCCUCUGUGUAUGUAAGUCUGGAACAUAUGGAAGCAACUGUGAGCUGCGAGCACCUGACUACAAAUCAGAUGCAGUAGACGGCUACUGGAGUUGCUGGUCACCGUGGAGUGCUUGUGACGCAUCUUUUAAGAGGCAAAGAACUCGUCUGUGCAACAAUCCUGAGCCCAUGAAUGGAGGAAAACCUUGUAAAGGUGACGCUGAAGAUGAGGAACGGUGUUUUAUUUCAAUGUUUAAAAGACAGGGUGCUACUUGUGUAAAUGAUGAUGACUAUACUGAAGAAGGCCAGAUAAUACCUAAAUGUGACACGGGAUGUUUCACUCCAGAAGCACCAGAAAAUGGAUUCAUCAGGAAUGAAAAACCGUGUUAUGAUGUUGGAGAACAAGCAGAAGUGAUUUGCUUCAGUGGCCAUUUUCGCUCAGGAUAUCCAUUCCUUCGCUGCCUUGCAGACAAAACAUGGGCACAACAACAGAACGUUGAGUGCCAAAGGUUGGCUUGUGACAGACCAUCAGUUUCAGAUGUUGUCCAUGUGACCCCAUUUAAAAUUCAGUAUGAUGUUGGGGACCAGAUCCACCUGACCUGUCCUAGAGGGUACAGUUUUACAGGCCUAGAGACUUAUGUAUGUGGGGACCGAAUGUCCUGGAUACCUGCUAUUCUGAACUCACUUGAAUGCAAGAAAAUUGAUCCACUUCAGGUCAAAGAUAAUUGCAGUCUUGGGAAAAAAGAGGUGGAUUCCCAUUGUGUCUGCAUAUCCCCGGAAGAAGACUGCAACACCGGCUCAGAAGGUAUUUGUGUAUUGGAUGUACAAUCUGAACAAGCUGUUACAAAUCCUAGCUGUCGUUUUCUGGCCGAGAAGUGCAGGAAUGAUGAACAAGUCCAUUUUAUCCAUAAUGGACCUUGCAAUGAUGACACCAGGUUGACAUGGGCUAUUCAGAGAGCAAAUCUUUCAGCAAAUUCAAGAAAGAAAGAGCCUUGUGGAUACGAUGUAUGCUAUGAUUGGGAAAGAUGUUCAGAAGAAAGGUUGCAGUGUACCUGUCUGCUUCCAAAUCAGUGUCCAAAGGGUGAAGAACAGGUCUAUUGCAUUCAAUACGGAACUAGAAACCAAAGGAGGACAUCAACCCUCUGUGUACUUGGAGCCAUGAGAUGUGCCAGUGCGAGAGUAACGCUGUUGCAUCCUGGAAAAUGUGUGCCAUAAAAUGAGGUGGCAAACAAAUAUCCGAUGUCCUCAGCCCUAUUUCAAUCACAGUUCAAAAUAAAUUCAUUGAAUUAAAAUGUUGGUUUAAGAACUGAA